CAGAAGUACUUGCAAAUAUGGAGUUUGAUAACAGGGGAAAAGUCAGAGAAGAGAGAGAACGAGGAGAAGUUCGAUACAGAGGAGUGAGAAGGAGGCCGUGGGGGAAGUUUGCAGCGGAGAUUCGCGACUCCACGAGGCGUGGAGGUCCUCGGUUGUGGCUAGGGACUUUCAAGACAGCAGAAGAGGCUGCGCGAGCUUAUGAUAAAGCAGCAUAUACAAUGAGAGGUGCCUUGGCCAUUCUCAACUUCCCUGAUGAGUACCCUUCAUCAUCAUCAUCAUCAUCAUCAACUUCGUCUUCAUCUUCAUCAAUCAGGUUUGAGAACUCGAAGAGUGGGAGUGUGCACAAAAAGGAGGUUUUCGAGUUCGAAUACUUUGAUGACAAGUUGCUGGAAGAGCUUCUUGGUUAUGAUGAGGAUAUCCAUACCAAGAAACAGUACUGAAUUAAGUUGACACAGACACUAAGGAAAACUCCAAGAUAUAUGUACUGGUAUUACUUAUAUCCUCUCUCUUUUUCCACAUGAAUUUUGGAGUAUUUGGAUCGUCGUACUGUCUCCAUUUACUACAGUAAAUUUUAGGUCCGAAUUCAAUUUUUUUUUUUCGUGAGCGGAGAACAUUUGUGGAAGUGAUCUACAUUAUCUGCGAGUGAACAGGAAGUUUCUUUGAGUCUCUAAAAGAAAGACAGUCUUUAAGUUGUCAAAUCUAGCAGUGCCCUGCGUCGUCGGGUUUGACUUUGUAUUAGUACUAAUAGUGAGUUAACUAAAUUCAGUUGUCAUGUCACAUAAUUAAACUCUAAUUAUACUGUUUAUAUGUACACUUUAAAUGAAAGCGCAAACCCAUAUUAUUUGCUUAGCAGACAUACAAAUGAAAUGAACUGAAAUUUUGGAUGCAUAGAAUCCCGAUUAUCCCAAAUUGGAUGCAUAGAAUUUAAGUGAAUUCGUAGGUAUGAACAAGAAAUUUUGUGCAUGUAACUCAACAGCUGAGAUAAGA